GAUGGGCUUUUUGAAAAGAGCCCAACACAUGUGAUCCAAGCCCAGGAACGGGUAUAAAAUCUCCCUACUCUUUCACACUUUGAGAGUAAGCCUUUGCCUUUGUGUUUCUUCGUCCUCUUGAAUUGAAUCGAAGAUGCAACAGGGUGGAGGAUCUGAAACCGAGGUGACAUGGGAGGACCAGCAGAACAUCAACAAAUUUGGGAGAUUGAAUAACCGGUUCCACGAGCUAGAGGACGAGAUCAAAGUUGCAAAGGAAUCAAAUGAUAACUUGGAGGAUGCAGGGAAUGAAUUGAUUCUCACAGAUGAGGAGGUGGUGCGGUUCCAGAUUGGUGAAGUCUUUGCCCAUGUUCCAAAAGAAGAAGUGGAGACCAGGAUAGAAGAAAUGAAAGAGGUAACUAGCAAAAGUUUAGAGAAACUCCAUGAAGAGAAGGAAUCUGUUCUUGCACAGAUGUCCGAAUUGAAGCAAAUUUUAUAUGGAAAGUUCAAGGACUCCAUCAAUCUAGAGGAGGAUUGAAGGGGACUUAUGAGUGAUUUGUUGUGCUGAUGUUUCUCUGCUACUUCGUUGUUGAUAUGAUUUUUGUUUCGCUCAGAUUUUUAAAUAGCUGAAUGAAAGUAAGAAACUACUUGCUAUC